AUGUCUGCAGAAGCCGCAGAGGUAGCCGAGGACUACCGCCUGGCACUGGAGGAUCUGAGCGCCAACACACGAUUUGAGAUCAGCAACUUGACAGUGAUUGCUCGAGAAAACACAGAUCAUGCCUUGGUCAUCUCCGAGGUUCUAGAGAAACACAUCCUCAAGACUGCGCCAAGCAAGAAGCUUCCUGCGCUGUACGUGCUUGACUCGAUCGUCAAGAAUGUCGGAACCCCAUACACAUUAUAUCUUGGUCGGAACAUCUUCAAGACAUUCAUGGAGGCAUACACCGUUGUUGAUAAUGCGACGCGGAAGCGAAUGGAAGAGAUGCUGAAGACUUGGAAGCAGCCUGUUGCUGGAUCCAUGGAUACUCGACCUGUCUUUUCCGCUGAUCUCGUCCGCCCCAUCGAGAACGCAUUGAUGAAGGCCAAAGCCGCCAUGAUGCCGCAGGCCCAGAUUCCUGGACGACCAAGGCCAGGUGUCACGCCCCAUCGAGAGACACCAACGCCACCUGGGAUGAGGAGCGCGACUGGUACUCCUGGGAACUACAAUGGGCAGAUGCCUUACCCCAACGGCGCCCACCCGCCCCCAGGCUAUCCUGGGCAUCCAGGCCAGCCUCAGGUGAGAUUCAGCAGACGGCCUUAUGGUUCUGAAUGCAAGACUAACCGACUGCAGGCUGCUCCUUAUCCUCCACACUCUGCACCACAGGGGUUUGGCUCUAACGUUAUGCCUUUUCAGCCACCGGCUGAUGCAUAUGGGGCUGCUGGGACUACCCAGCCAGUUGGAGUAAACAUAGACACAUUGAAAAAUGAUAUUCAGAACCUGAUUGUCGCAAUGAGGGCAGAGUUUGCACAGAAUCCUCAGGAUGCUAGUGUCCAAACCAGGUUAAAGGCGCUUCUGGACCUCCAGCACAUAGUGCAGAGCACGAGUCUACCACCAGAUCAGUUGGGGCUCAUUAAGAAUCAAGUAACUGAACUUGCUACUGUGACGUUGAAGAAGGCCACAUCGGCCCAGAACACCCCUUCUCACACGCCAAUCCCACCACAACAUGUACCAAAUCAACAGCCUUCACAAUUCCCCGUAGCUCCCUCACCAGUACCCCCAGCUCCCGCGGCAUCUGCUAAGCCGUCUGUGACGUUGGAUUCUCUACUGGGCCCGGGGGCAAUGGCGGCCUUGAUGGCCAGGCAGUCUUCCCAGUCAUCUACUCCUAAUCCUCCUUUUUCAAGUGCAGCCAUCCGCUCGCCGCCGCCUGCUCAGGCUGAACCGGUGAGGCCAGCAUCUGUACCGGUAGUACCAAAUAUGCCUGCUCCGGCACAGAGCCAGGCACCCAAACCAAGUCCAUCUUCUCUGAUGGACCAACUGAGAGCUGCUGGCUUGCUCCCACCUGCGGCUGCACCUACACCCGCCAACCCUCCCGCACCCGCAGCGCCUGUUAUCCCCUUGAACAUUGCCAGCUUACUAGCUGCCCAUAGGCCUUCAUCUGGAUGGGCGCCGGCGAAUAGUAGACCUGGCAUUAAUUCAGCAUCGCUGAAGCAACAGUUCCGUCCAGAAAACGUUUCCCGGCUAUACGAUGAGCUGGGCCCUCCCUGCUCUCAGUGUGGACGACGAUUCAAAACGGAUGAAGAGGGAAAGAAGAAGAAGAUGGCACACAUGGAUUGGCACUUCCAGGUGCAUCGACGCAGCACAGAAGCCGAGAAGAGGGGAACUCACCGGAGUUGGUAUGAGGAUAAACACAACUGGGUCAAGUCUCGGGAGGUUGUGGACGUGGAUCAUAUCGUUGCGCCCCAGGACAGCAGUACCCAGGCCUCAAAGGCUGCCGCUGAGGCUGCCAAACCCAAGUAUAUCCCUGUUCCGGAUGCAAGCAAGGGUAUCAACAACGUCUGCCCCAUCUGCCAGGACAAGUUCGAGAACAAGUGGCUUGAUACAGCACAAGAGUGGGUGUGGCUCGACACAGUCCUGGUGGGCAACCGCGCCUACCACGCCUCGUGCCAUGCGGAAGCUACCAAAGAUCGGGAUGAUCCACCGAGACGGAGCCCGGAGCCGAUUCUGGGGAAGAGGAAAGCCGAGACUGGGCUCGCCUCUCCCAAAGUGCGGUCACUGAAGACAUCUGCUUAG